AUGCAGGGGAAGUGGCUGGGCGCGGGGCCCUCCCGGCCCGAAAUAGCGGGGGAGGCGGCCAGCGGGGAGGGUCGGGGUGACGCGAGGCCAGGGGAGGGGGUCAGGGCAGGAGGAGGGCGCGCGGGCCGAGGGCGGCGGGCCGGGACCGCCCCGAGGGCGCCGGGUGCGCGGGACCCCUGCGUGUCCCGGUCCCGAGGCGGCGCCCCGCCGCCCGCACCCCCGCGCCCCCUCUCCUCAGGGCAGCCCCCUCCCCUCCUGGGGGACCCCAAGACCCCCGCAUCUCCCGACGGCCCCCGCUGCCCGCCACCUCCGAGCGGCCCCCCCGUCUCGCUCACUCCCACGCCCCUUCCCCUCCAGACAGCCCCCCUCAUCUCCAGGCGGCCCCCACCCCCGACACACGUCGCCUCCAGCAGCCCCCCGCUGCACCCCCGCCUCCCGGAAGCACCCCCGCUCCGCCCGCGCCCCUCACCUCGGGGCGCCGCGGCCGCGGACUCUGGGCAGUCGACGCGCCGAGCCGGCUCUCGCCCCGCGGGCGCCGCGGCCACUUCCUCGUGGGCGGGGGGCGGGGCCUCCGGGGGGCCCGGGGCGGGGACCGGGCGGGGGCGCCAGCGCGCAGGGCCCGCCCGCCCCUCGGGGCACGCGUUUCCCCGGACCCGCACCGCCCUGGCACGGCGGCGCCCGAGCGCGCAGAAGUCGUCCGCGACCGCCCCUCACUACUUUCUGGAUGGGGAAACUGAGGCUCGGAAAGAGGGUGCGGGGCCCCAGCCGCAGCGCGGUGGGAACGAGGGGAGCCUGGGCUGGGCAGGUGCGGCCAAGGCGGCGGGGCUCGCCCUCCUGGUCCUCAGUGUCCUCACUUAUGAAACCAGGGUGCGGGUUGCCCCGCACAGGGGUGUGCCCUGGCGCAGCAGCGUUUCUUCAAUGCUCGCCUCUUGA